AUGGAGUCUCCGACCAGGAUACAGCAGAUCGCUGAUGGGCUGAGCGGCGUCGCAUGGGAGACCGGUGUAGCAUCUGGAUUGGACGAACCGGUCAACCCCUGCUUGCCGAUAUCCGACUAUUGCACAGGCACCUUAUGUGCAGUCAUGGCGGUUUUGGGUCUCGUGAGACGUGCCGAACCUGGGAAAUUUGGGGUCAAGGGCAACUCGUUCUUUUCUCCAAUUUCACUCACAGCGUUAGACGCUUGGUUGAGACGUCAGGGUCAAUAUCCGGUUUCGUACGUGCGGGAAAAGCAUGCAUUGCAUGGCUUCAGGUGCGAUACGGGUUUCGGGCCUAUGCUUUUUAAGACGCUUCAAGUGAAGUUAACCCAGGAUCCAUUGUAUAACCGGCCGGGAUUCUACAACGUCAUUGAGCAUGCGCUGUUCGAAGGUAGGGCUCGAGUAACAGGACAACCACGCCGCGAAGAGGGAGGCAAGGGUGUGAAGUACAUAUGUCUUGGUCCAGUUAUCAAGUUUGACGGGAUCGAUACCAGCUACAUUAGUACCGCGCCAUGGGGCUACUUUCGACCUGGCUGGAGUGAAGAAGAUGCGGAUGCACUUGAGGAGGCACUCCAGGAAAUUCCGUGA